AUGGUGUAUGCCCCGGGGAACAGUCAGGAGUCCAUAGGGCAGCGCACGGUCUCGUCUGACAACAAGAACGUCGCCGGCCACGGCGGUUGGAUGACGCCAUCGGAGAACUCCUACAAGAACACCUGCUGGCAGGCUUGGAAGCGGGCGCUUGAGCAGGGCGACGCCAAAAAGGCGACGUUCUGGUUUGAGAAGAGGCGGGACUUCAUGAUUGCCGUCCGCGACGCCAACCGCGAGGCGCAGCAGCGCGCCGCCGCCACGGCGCAGCGGAGGAGGCAGCUGCUCAGGCAGCAGCGGCGCAGGAGCAACUGGCCAUUGUCCGCAGCUAACGCGAGGCGGAUGGCACAGCAGACGUUGGUCGGCCGCGAGAUCGUCGGUGGAGCAGCCGAGGGACGCGUGCUGUACGCUGACACCGGCCUCUCCUUCUGGGGCGGGUGCGACCCGCAGACGGGCGUGAUCGUCGACCACACUCACCCACUGCACAACGAGUGCGUGUGCGGCCGUGUGCUCGCGAUUCCCAACGGGCGAGGGUCGUGCACGGGCAGCCAGGUGGUGCUCGAGCUGCUGCUCAACGGCGUGGCGCCCGCCGCUCUCCUGCUGCGCACGCCAGACGUCAUCCUCUCCCUCGGAGUCAUCGUGGCGGAGGAGCUCUUCGGUCACUCCAUCCCGAUCGUCUCGCUCGGGGACAGCUUCGACCGCCUCGAGGCGCACACGCACGCAGCGGUGGCGGGCUCCACCGUCAUCUGCGGCGCCGGGCCGUUGCCGCCCGCACCCCGCUCGUUUUCGACGGCGGACGAGCGCCUCGCGGCGUCGGCGCUGCAGCUGGAGCCUGAGGAGAGGGCGAUGCUGGCGGGCGAGCGGGGGCGGGCGGCGCGGGUGGCGAUGCGCGUGGUGGCGCGCGCUGCCGAAGUCUGCGACGCGGAGAGGCUGCUCCGCAUCUCGCAGGCGCACAUCGACGGCUGCACGUACAUCGGGCCGGGGGGGCUUCGCUUCGCGCGCGAGCUCGUGGCGCUCGGAGGGAGAGUGGCGGUGCCAACCACUCUCAACUCCAACUCUGUCGACCGGCGGCGGUGGCGCGCGAUGGGCGUGCCCGCGUCGCUCGGCGAGCCGUCCGAGGCGCUCGGCCAGGCGUACCUCGACCUGGGCGCCUCGCUCCCCUACCCCACAGUACCCGAACCCACCCUCCCCUACCCCACGCACGUCGCGUGGGGCGAGUCCAACGCCGUCGUCUUUGCGAACUCCGUGCUCGGCGCCCGCACGCUCAAGUACGCGGACUACCUGGACAUCUGCGCCGCGCUGGUUGGCCGCGCACCCGCCGCAGGGGCCCACCUCGACGAGCACCGCCACGCGACUCUGGUGCUCGACGCGUCCGCCCUCGUCGCCGCCGGUCUCCCGGCCGCCUCCGCCGACGCGUUUUGGCCGACCCUCGGCUACGCCUGCGGCAACCUCGCGCAGACCCGUGUGCCGGCCCUCACCGGCAUCGCCCACCUCUGCCCGACCCGCGACGAGCUCAAGGCCUUCGCGGCGGCCUUCGGCACCUCCGGCGCCGCCGCCCUCUUCCACAUCGUCGGAGUGACGCCGGAGGCGGCCGACUUGCAGACUGCCCUCGGUGCGGCCGGCAGCGGGGAGGGCGUCGAGACGCUGCGGCUGUCGCCGGAGCACUUUGCAUCCGCUUGGCGGACCCUUGACAGCGGGGCGCCUUCCAGUGGCGGGCACGACGACGGUGGUAAUUGCGGUGACGGAGGCGGCGGCGGCGGCGACGGCGGCAGCGGCGGCGGCGACUGCAGCGGCGUCGACCUCGUCGCUCUCGGCAACCCGCACCUUUCCUUCUCCGAGGUCGAGUCGCUGGCAGCAAUGGUCGGCGGCGGCGGCGGCGCGAAACACCGCGACGUCCGCGUCAUCGCGACCCUGUCGCGGUUCGUGCUCGAGCAGGCGGAGGCCGCGGGACACGCACUCACGCUGAGUGAGUUUGGCGUGGAGUUCAUCAACGACACCUGCUGGUGCAUGCUCGGCGACGUGGUACCCUUCCCGCCCAUCCAGUCGGCGCGCACGCUCAUCACAAACUCGGGCAAGUACGCGCAUUACGCGCCCGGGCUGGUCAACCGGAGCGGCUUCAAGGUCCGCUACAGCGGCCUCGCCGGUUGCGUCGCCGCGGCACGCACCGGGAGGGCGCCGCCGCGCCCGCCGUUCCUCGCGGCGUUGCGUGGGUGCGCGAGCGUUGCAGGGUUGGGCAGGGCCCUGCUCAGGCGCGGGGGGUCGACGGGGCGUAUAUGAUUUAAAAGUGCUCUCCUGUG